AUGAUUCGCAUCGUCCCCGAAUUACGUUCCACGCUGAGAUCCCACGGGCUCCCAGACACGCUUAGGAAGUCCGCACACCUGAUAACUCAGCUCGCCGACCCCCGAGAUCCUGACCAGAUUAGAAGUGCUCCUCAGAAACUUGUCCGUGUACAUCUGGAUGAUUACUGUUACCUCCCUGCUCAGCUUGAUGCGGCUAGAGAUGCUCUUCGGGGUAUGCUUCGACGUCUUGGUCACGCAGAUGUUCACGUUGACAUCAUUUUUGGGUCAAAUGUUGCCAAUGUCGAUAUCACCGAUGAUCAAAGUUUCGAUGUCCAGAAGGUGCAGUUGGGGAUUCGUUUGGCGGAUGCGAAGGUCACUGAGGUUCUUGAGCGGUUUCUUCCCGGUAAGCAGGUGGAUCUGUUGCCAUACAUUACUCGUCAGUACGGACUGGAUGUUCCCGCCGUUGUCGUUGCCGUUGGGCCCUUGUGUCGUACCAAUUGGCUUAGGUUGAGGCGACUCAUUCUGGCAGAGGUGAGGAGAUACACUAAAAUGUUCUUGGAGGUUGAAUUCCACCCCGUCUAUCAGGAGGAUCAGGUGAAGCAGGAGGAUUGA